AUGGCGGGCUUUAUGACAAAGAUAAACCGAGAUGAAGCAACCAGGAAGCUGCAGUGUGAUGAUUACCAUGAGGACGGCGCCGAGCUAGAUCUUUUGGCAGGUCAGAGUCCUGAUCGCUCUCAACCCAGCACACCUCUCCAUAUCCCAACCGUUACCACCUCAUCGUUCUCAUCCACCACUCCUGUAUCAUUGAACACGCUUCCUGCCCGGCCUCCAAAGAGUACCACUGUCCUCUCUGGCAAUGGCAGUGCAGCACCCGACAUGGCAGAUGUUGUCUCGUUGUCAGCUGAUAUCCCUGUCGAUGAACUUGUCGGCCACCUCGUGAUUCCGGAUACGGCGGCCUCCGGCACUCAUACCAGGUCAGUCCCCGUACCCACGGCCGACCAGGAGCCCCUGGUGUUCUCUCUAACAACUCCAAGCUCUGCCGAUGAGGAGCCCACCAUAUAUACUGCGUUUAUGGCGGAUUUCAUGACAGAAACAAAUCGAGAUGAAGCGAUCAGGGAGCUCAGCACGCCUCUUCAUAGCUCAGCUGCCGCCGCCUCGUGGUCUUCAUCUAUCGCCUCUAUACCACCAGAGACGCUUCCCGCCUGGGCUCUAAAGAGUACCAUGGCCCCCUCUGGCACUGGCGGUGAAGCACCCGACACGGCCGAUAUUGUCCUAUUGCCAGCUGAUAUCUCUGUCGAUGAACUUAUCAGUCACCUCGCGACCCCGGAUACGGUGGCCUCCGGCACCUAUAUUAUGCCAGUCCCUGCACCCGCAGCCGACCAGGAGUUCCUCGCAUUCCCUCUACCAACUCCGACCUCUGCCAAUGAAGAACCCACCACAUUUACUACAUUCAUGGCGGAUUUCAUGUCAGAGGCAAACCGAGAUGAGGCGACCAGAGAGUUCAGCGCACCUCUCCAUAGCUCAGCUGCUAGCAUCUCGACAUCUUCAUCUUCCACCUCUAUACCACUGGAGACGCUUCCUGCCUAG